AUGUUUAUUAAUCUGAAAAGGGUUUUAAUCAUUUUGCUGAUUAUUGUGGGUAUAGUCCAUGCCAAUGAUAUUACUCCUCAGGUUUUUGGAAAUGUCCAAGAGGGUAUUGUGGCAGCAUUUGGUGACUUCAAUUCGGAUGAGCUGACGGAUGUGUUCAUAAUAAGGGAUCGCAGUCAAACCUUGCAAAUUUUAUAUGGUGCUGAUACUGAACCCCUGUUACGUGGUGGUCCCAUCUGCAUGUAUCGUGAUCAUGAAAUUGUCAGCGUUAUCCCAGGCGAUUUUGACGGUGAUGCCCUAAUGGAUGUGGCUGUGGCCAUUAAGCCUGAAGGUAGUACGGAUAAAAUUUAUAAAAUAUAUGUCCAUUGGGGUGGUCCCGAAGGCCUCAAUUGCACGAGUGAACAUGCCGAACCGUUGUUGAAAACAAUGGGUGAACCCUUGGCCUUGGAUUAUAAUCAUGAUAUGAUCAUUGAUUUGUAUGGCCUCAAUGAUAUGGGUGAACGGAAAUUUUGGAUUUUUGGUAAGGCCCGUGUGCCACCUCAAGAGGUGACCCAGGCUGUACCAACACAAACUGCCACCUCUAAGCCAUCGAUAAGUAUACCCAAUGCCAAUGCUUACUUGGAUUUAAAUGGUGACUUCACGGCGGAUCUUUUUGUCCAAACCCCCCAAAAUCAUUAUGAAGUGUGGUAUGGCCGUCCCGACGAGGAUUUCAUAUUUAAUCAUACGAUUGAUAUAUAUAUUGUCGGAUCUGAUUAUACCUUGGGUCAGGCAGUGUUUGCGGAUUUCGAAUUGGAGGGCGUGGAGAAUAUUAUUUUGCCCGUUUGUUUCCACAGUAAAGAUUGUUCGAACUCGACCAUACUCGUGCAUGAUGGCACGAAUUUCCGUGAUAUCCAUGUUAAUUUUAAAGAUCCGCAGGCAGUGAUGUGGGGUUUUGUGCCACCAAUUGAAUCGGAUGUUUACCUCAAAACGAUUACCGCACGUACUGGAGAUUUUAAUAUGGAUGGUUAUCCUGAUUUGAUUAUGACCCUGCAAACCCUAACGGGUCCUACGAAGAGAAUGCAAACUUUCCUAUUGGAAAAUGUGCCGUGUUUGAUGUGUAAUUCUCCCCUGAAGAGGACAUUUGAGGUGAAAUGGAAUGCCUUGAAUCCCAUGGGUAAUGAUACAGUGGCGGGAGCUUUUUACGAUUUCUAUCAGGAUGGUGUUCUGGACAUAAUUCUCAUUGAGAAAAACAAAAAGGGACAAUAUAAACCCUUGGCCUUCCGCAACACUCUGGACUAUGAUGCCAAUUUUGUGAAAGUGAUUGUCCUCACCGGCCUUAUCAAUAGUAAAAAUCCCACAUUACACACCCCCUUGGGCCGAAAACGACGUACCUAUGGUACUAAUUUGCCGGGGCCUCGUAUAACCUAUUUCACCACCACUCAAGAUGGUGAUUUACAACGUGGUUCCUCCGUACAAUUACCACAAUCCUCGUAUUUCGCUCUACAACUACCCUAUACGAUUUUCGGUUUAGGUCGUACACCUAAUUUUGUCGAUUCCCUUACCGUGGGCCUGGGUCAUAUGUCUCGAACAUGGACCCAACUCAUACCAAAUUCACAAAUUAUUGUCGUCCCGAAACCGGUCAAUGAUCCUCAGCGCUGGAAGGCCCAGCUCUUUGUAACACCCAGUAAACUUAUUGUUAUGAGCGUUGUGGCCCUGGGUGGUACAUGCCUUGUUAUUGUUUUAAUUAUUUUAGUUUUAUACAUCAAAGAGAAACGCGAAGAUAAACAGGAGAAAUUACAAGAGGCCCAUCGUUUCCAUUUUGAUGCUAUGUAAAG